UUAAGUCCACAAAUUGCAGCAGACAAUGUUUGUUUAUUGGCAUAUACAAAGGGAAUGAAUCUUAACCAUCGUGAGACAUGCGGAGGAUACACAGCUCUACACAUUUGUGCCAUAAAUGAGUUUGCAGAUGGUGCUCGUGUGCUGCUGGAUGCUGGGGCUAAUCCCAGAGUUCUAAAUUAUGAGAGACUCACACCAUACCAAUUGUGCAAAUUUGAAGACAGCAAAACAAGAACCGUUUUCCAAGAGCAUGAAGGAAAGGUUCGUUCACUAGAGUGGCAAUGUCGAGUUUUCUUGCUUCGAAAUUUCACAGCUUGCGAAUUGGCAAACGCCUCACUACCAGAAGGGAUGAAGAGCUCGUUGCUGGCUAACUUGACAGUGUAGAUAUCAACUCACAGACAAACAUUUAUUAACUUAAUUAAUAAAGGGCCACUGACAUGCUAAAAUCGAAAAUUAUUUUAAAUUUCUUUAUGAUAGUUCUAAAGGCGUACA